AACUUCGAAGACCUGCCUUUGUCGCGCUGCACCAAGGAGGGGCUCAAGAGCGCCAAGUACACUCGCAUGACGGCCAUCCAGAGGGCCGCCCUGCCGCACACCCUCACCGGCAAGGACGUGCUUGGCGCGGCCAAGACUGGCUCUGGCAAGACCCUCGCCUUCGUCAUACCGCUGGUGGAGAAGCUGUACCGGCUGAAGUGGGGCCAGCCGGACGGGCUGGGGGCGCUGAUUAUAUCGCCCACGCGCGAGCUGGCCAUGCAGAUCUUCGAGGAGCUGCGCAAGGUCGGCGCAAAGCAUGACCUCAGCGCCGGCCUCCUCAUCGGCGGCAAGAAUGUCAAGGAAGAACGGGACCGAGUCAACAGCAUGAAUAUCCUGGUGGCGACACCGGGGCGGCUGCUGCAGCACAUGGAUGAGACGCCGGGCUUUGAUGCCAGCAGCCUGCAGGUGCUUGUGCUGGACGAGGCUGACCGCAUCCUGGACAUGGGCUUUUCGGGGACGGUGAAUGCAAUCAUAGAAAAUUUGCCGCCGCAGCGGCAGACGAUGCUGUUCUCGGCCACGCAGACGCGGUCUGUGAAGGACCUGGCGCGGCUGAGCCUGCGUGACCCCACCUACAUUGCCAUUCAUGCAGAGGCCGUCGCGCCCACCCCCCUCAAGCUGCAGCAGGCGUAUGUGAUCUCUGAGCUGCCCAACAAGAUGAGCAUCCUGUGGGCCUUCAUCAAAUCGCAUCUCAGGGCAAAGGUGCUGGUGUUCCUGUCCACGUGCAAGCAGGUGAAGUACACGUAUGAGGUGCUGCGAAGGCUGCGGCCGGGGGUGCCGCUGCGCUGCAUCCAUGGCAAAAUGAAGCAGAUGAAGCGCAUGGCAGCCUUCCUCGAAUUCAGCGAGGCCAAGGGAGGCGCAGUGCUGUUUGCUACGGACAUUGCAGCGCGAGGCCUGGACUUCCCCAGUGUGGACUGGGUCCUUCAGAUGGACUGCCCCGAGGACGUGGCUUGCUACAUCCACCGUGUGGGCAGAACUGCCCGCUAUGUGUCAGGCGGGCGGUCGCUGCUGAUGGUGCUGCCGAGCGAGAAGGAGGCGAUGCUGCGGCAGCUGGAGCAGGCCAAGAUUCCCAUCAAGCCGCUCAAGAUCAACCCCAACAAGACCCAGCCCAUCGGCCCCGCCCUGCAGGCCAUGCUCUCCAAGAGCACCGACCUAAAGGAGCUGGCGCAGCGGGCGCUGGUGUCCUACAUGCGCUCUGUCUUCCUGCAGCCCAACAAGGCGGUCUUCAACGUGGCAGCGCUGCCCGCAGCCGAGUACGCGGCCUCGCUCGGCCUCGCCUCGGCCCCGCGCCUGCGCUUCCUCAAGCGC